CGGCGGCGUGCGCUCGCUCGCUCGCCCGCCCGCCCGCGCAGCCCCCGCCCGCCGCUCUCCUGCCGCACGCGGACGCCCCGCGAAUGCCAACGAGCGCGGCUGGCGGCGGACGGCGCGGCGCGGCGCUGGCGGAGAGCUCAUCUUGCAUUGCUCAGCCGUAGCUGUCCAAGAUGCCGCUUGGGAAAGGCUGGAAGAAAAAAGUGGAGGACAUCACCGCUGUCUAUGACAUCAAAGAGAAGCUGGGCGCAGGGGCCUUUUCUGAAGUGGUGCUGGCCCAGGAACAUGGAUCCCAGCGCCUGGUGGCAUUAAAGUGUAUUCCUAAGAAAGCCCUGAGGGGCAAGGAAGCAGCUGUGGAGAAUGAAAUCGCAGUGCUCAAAAAGAUUCAGCAUGAGAAUAUCGUCGCUCUGGAGGACAUUUAUGAGAGCCCCACUCAUCUCUACCUGGCCAUGCAGCUUGUGACAGGAGGGGAGCUGUUUGACCGCAUCAUUGAACGGGGCUACUACACGGAAAAGGAUGCCAGCCUACUGGUCCGGCAGGUGUUGGAAGCUGUGAAUUACCUGCACGACCUGGGCAUUGUUCAUCGAGAUCUCAAGCCAGAGAAUCUGCUCUAUGCCACUCCAUUCGAGGAUGCCAAGAUCAUGAUUACCGACUUUGGGCUGUCCAAGAUUGAGGCCGAUGGGAUUAUGUCCACAGCAUGUGGUACCCCUGGCUACGUGGCUCCUGAGAUCCUGGAGCAGAAACCGUACGGGAAAUCCGUGGACUCGUGGGCCCUUGGGGUCAUCUCGUAUAUCUUGCUUUGCGGUUACCCCCCCUUCUAUGAUGAGAAUGAUUCUGAGCUCUUCAACCAGAUUCUGAAAGCUGAAUACGAAUUUGACUCCCCCUACUGGGAUGACAUCUCCGAGUCGGCUAAAGAUUUUAUCCGGCACCUUUUGGAACGUGACCCUGAGAAACGGUUCACCUGUGAACAGGCCCUGCAGCAUCCUUGGAUCUCUGGGGAUACAGCUCUGGAAAAAGAUAUUCACGGCUCCGUGUGUGAGCAGAUUCAGAAGAAUUUUGCUCGCAGUCAGUGGAAGCGGGCAUUCAAUGCCACGUCCUUCUUACGCCACAUCACCAAGCUGGGACCAGGCGCAGAAGGUGAGGAAAUCGGAGAGGCCACAUCCAGGGGACAGCAUGGGAAAUGGUGACCACAGAGGUGCCCGAAGAGCCUGGGCCACCGCCUUUUGCAUGAGCUACCCUCCUGCAUGCGGCUUCACAGCCACGUCGCUGCACCGGGACCCUCGUCUAAGGGGGGGGUCUCCUUUCAUUUCCUGCGCCUCCUUCUGGGGACAUCUCUGGCCUGAGAGGCUCAAGAGUUAAACCAAGUCAAUCACUAACCAGCCUGCUCUUAGAGGGGUCUAAAACCACUCUGCCGGGGACCAACGUCCAACCCCCUCAAGGCUGGGGAACCUGUUAGAUCCCCGCUGUGUUGCUCACCCCACUUCAGUCCAUGCCAGCUGCAGAGGCCGGCAGAGAGCCAGGCCAGGAAUGGGUGUUCUUGGCAGGGAGGUGAGAAGAUCUCCCUCUCGAACCUAGAGGGAUAAUUCCAAAAUGAAUUUGAGACCAUCUUUCCUCUCCUCCCUGUGAGAAUUUUGCAAAAGGGAAGCUGCACAAAUAAGUGAAGGCAGCAGAGCUGAAAAAUUCCCCCUGAGGAGCUCGACAGGCAGGUGCGAUCCGAAGAAUCGGGCAGGAAUGGACGAUCAGCUGUCAGCCAAGCUGAGGAAGCCUUCUGUGAGAGUUGGGUCCGAAGGAAGGGGCCAUCGGCUGGUCAUCUUGAGGGGUUCAGGAUUUGAGAUGCAGAAGGGCGGGUGGCUGGGCUUCGCUGAAGUUCCUGUGGGUGAAGACAGACGUAACACCGAAAAAUGUGGAGGUGGUUUGGUAGCACCAUCCCUGCUUUCCUGAGAAACAUACUCCCUCGCCCACUCCGGGUUAAGCUUUGGAGGAAAAAUAAUUUUGCAUGUUUUUAGUAGGGUUCAUCCUGAAGUCAGGAAAGGUGGGCACCUCUCGGCUAGAGGCAGUAACAUUUCCAACUUCCUUCCCAAUUGUGAAGCAGGUUUGGAACUAUUCUAAAAAAGAUGGAGAGGGUUUUAUUUCUUUUGGGGGGAAGGAAAGGUAAAGGAAGGGUGUAGAGCAUAUUUACUGCUUUAAGCAGCCACAAAGAUUUGACAAGGCAGUCAGUUCCAACGGGUGUUUGAGGCAAGACACUUUAACACGUCUCUUUGGCGUGAGAAGCCACUGUAACACCCAGCAUUUAUGCAUAAUGUAAAUAGAAAUGUUGAGUUUGCACUGUGGGUGAUGAACCCUCUGUGACCCUGCUGGAAUGCUACGUUUGUCUUCACCGUCCAUUUUCUGGUGGUAGUUAGGCCAAGUUAGACGAAGUCCAAUCAGAACGGUAGAGAAAGUGAGACCCAGCUGGGUUCUCUUACAAGGUGGAACGGAGGUGUGGACAUGGCUCAGUGGUGGAGCAUCUGCCUGGCAUGUAGAAGGUCCCAGAUUCAAUCCCCAGCUUCUCCACUUAAAGGGACCAGGUAGUAUGGGAUGAGGAAGACCUCUGCCAGAGACCCUGGAGAGCUACUGCCAGUCUGGGUAGACAGCGCAGUCCUUAGUCGACCAAGGCGAUGACUCAGUCAGAGGCAGACUCUGUUCUAAUGGCCAGAGCCGUCACUUCUGCACCCUCCUGCCUGUAACAGAAGUGAACCGGCCUCUAUGGCAUAGCGCCAUCAUCCAGCCUGGCAGGCCCAGAGUUGCUGCACCUUGGAGCAAGGCUGAUUCCCGGGGAGGGAGAGCAAGGGCAGCUGCCCCCGACUCCUCCGCACCUUCUUCUGCCUGUUCUCGUUUGUUUCCUGUUGGACUGAACAUUUGCUUUGCUGUGUUGCUCAGAGCUGGAGAAUUCUUGUGGUUCUUGUGGGGACUGAGCGGGAUCGCAUUCCGCCAUGCGGCCCCUCUUCCCGCAACUGUGUCAAUAAAUGAGUGG